UCGAUGCUAAUAUCAUCUGCCUGGAAGCUCAACAUGUGCGAAGCAGUGUUUGUGCCCAGCGCAAGAGCACCCCAGUGGCUGCCCAUCUGCCUGGACAAAGUUGAUCAUUUCAUUGCUGAACCGAAGGAAUCUCUGAAAUUGUUAGGGUUGGAGUUGCAGGCGAAGUAAUGCGUGGAAGAGUGAGUCGCAGAGGAUUGAGGUGGAGUCGUCAUCCUUCGUCGUCGUCGUUGUUGUGGGGAGUGACAGGUUCCGAGGUGUAGAGAGAGGCAGGUUUUUUUGUUUCGAGAAGUUGAAUCGAGUGACGAAUCACUUAAGUGCAUUCCUUGUUUUCGGAAUCGGACAGUGGGAUUAGAGAGGUUCUGUGUUACCGAGGAAUAUGAGUUUUUCUACGAAUUCUGCAGUGGCACAGCACUACACAAUUCAGAGGCGUCAUGGUACACCCACUACGACAUUGUUGUUGUCUGUCGCGAGUAGUGCGGCCCUCCCGACGUCGCAGAAGGGCUUCCGACGAGGAGCCAUGUUUACCAGGGAGGAGAAGGAAGUGAAGCCUAAAUUAGUGUUCAACUGGAGGGCCCAGGCGGGUGAGCACGCGCCUGGUUCAGCAUUCGAGAUGGCGGAGAAAGUGGGCAAGCAGCUGUUCCAAACAAUUCCUGGUUCUGGUCCUCCACCAGCAGUGAAGAGGACCUACAAGGUGACAGUGGUGGGAGUGGGGAAUGUGGGCAUGGCGUGCGCGCAAACCAUUCUGACGCAAGAUCUCUGCGAUGAGCUUGCGCUGGUGGAUGUUGUGGAGGAGAAGCUGAAGGGGGAGAUGCUUGACCUUCAGCACGCCGCAGCAUUUCUGCCAGGAUCCAAGAUUAUGGCUGACACGGAUUACAAGGUGACGGAAGGCUCUGACCUUUGCAUUGUGACUGCGGGAGCUCGGCAGCGAGAGGGAGAGUCGCGUCUCGCGCUCGUGGAGAAGAACGUUACCCUGUUUAAGAAUAUCAUUCCUCAACUUGUGAAGUAUAGCCCGGAUACCACGCUUCUGAUCAUUUCCAACCCUGUUGAUGCACUCACUUACGUCGCUUACAAGCUGUCCGGGCUCCCGCCCAACCGAGUCAUUGGCUCGGGAACUAACCUUGAUUCCUCCCGCUUCCGCUGGUUGCUGGCAGAUCACCUCCAUGUUAAUGCGCAGAAUGUGCACGGGUACAUUGUUGGAGAGCACGGCGAUAGCUCAGUGCCUCUUUGGUCCAGCGUCAGUGUUGGGGGUGUCCCGUUCCUUGCUUUCCUCAAGCACAAGCAGAUCGAGUAUACCAUCGACACGCUUACCGAGUUGCAUAAGAUGGUGGUGGACGGUGCCUACGAGGUGAUCAAGCUCAAGGGUUACACGUCGUGGGCGAUUGGUUACUCCGUCGCAAGUCUAGUGAAGAGCUUGUUGCGUGACCAGAGACGAAUCCAUCCCGUGUCUGUGUGCGCUCAGGGCUUCCACGGCAUCGAAGACGAGGUUUACUUGAGCCUGCCAGCGGAGAUUGGACGCACUGGUAUCAUCGGCGUCCUGGACAACCCCUUGACAGAUGACGAGAGGGCACAGCUUCAGAAGUCUGCGAAGACCUUGACCGAGGUUCAAAAGCAGUUGGACAUCUACUAGGGUUUUCAUCGAUUUAGAUUUUGCUGGAAUCAGAGAAACGAUAACCUCCAUCAAUUGUUUUGGAAUCGAAACGUGAUGAAUCCAGAGGACUCUUCCGCCAUGCUGAUUGUAAGCUAGCAAAGUGGAUGUCAGCACCCUUGGCCGAACCCAAGUGCGUGUUGCUGGGUGCGUUACUCCAAGGUUCAAUUGUACAGAUCAGGGCUGUUUGUUGCAUUUUCCCAAUGAUAGAUCUGUAUAGAGCCACUCGAGGCAAGAUCAGAAGUCGUUUUCUGAAUUAUAUCCAUGUGUCUAGACCAACUUGUCACACGGCCAAUACUAGUUCAUUGUGACAAUUGUUUCCUUCACUUCCAUGCUUCAACUCAAGUGCGUAUUCGCUCAGAUUGCAAAGCA